AUGUUAGUAUUACAAAAGAUGAACUACAAUCCGGGCAACUGGCUUCGAUCUCCUCUGCUCGCUGAGGCCAUGUACUAUGCUUCCUGCAACCGCGAGGUACUAGCUCCAGAGAGCAAGGCCCAUCAGUACAUUCAGAGUCGCCACAUACUAACUUUCCAGAGACCUCGAAGACAGUCUCAAAGAAGCGUGUGUGCAGUUUCCUGUGUCCCAAACCCCCCUCAGCUAGGAGCUCCUAUGGUAGCCGACGAGGCCUGGAGGCCCAACCUGAGCUUCUUUGCCUCUUCACUUCCACGCUUUUUGGGAAACGUGCGCCGAAUUCCAGGUGCACUAGACUCUAUAUUGUUCUCUCCCAUCCAGAGGGUUGAUCUGCCCCUAAGCGCACCAACAAAAGUAAAGCUGUGCAGAUGA